AUGGAUGUUAUAACACAUUUUGGGUUCGGAGCGAGCUACAACAUGCUGAAUAAGCCCGACUUUAACCUCGAGUGGAAGGAGACAGUUAUCGGCGGUUCCGCUAAUGGCGUGUUCUUGCGUCAAUUCCCGUGGGCAUUCCCGGUCCUGAAAGCAACACCUCUGUGGUUACUCGAAUACGGAAAUCCGAAAGCCGCCAAACUUGUUGCGUGGCAGCACAUGAUCCGGAAACAAGUCGACGAGAUUUUAGCCAAGAACGAAGUGGGCAAGAAAGCCGAAGGUACGAUCUUCCAGACCGUCCUUGACAGCGACUUGCCGCCAUAUGAAAAGACCGCCGAUCGGUUGCAAGACGAAGCGCAGACUGUGGUUGGCGCUGGUAGUGAGACGACAGCAAAAAGUCUCUCAUUCAUCCUUUUCUUCCUCACUGCCGAUCCCUCGAAACGUCAACGGCUCAGAGAUGAGCUCAAGACCGUUGGACCUGAGAAUGACGGAUCCUUUUCUCUUGCCAAGCUCGAGCAGCUGCCAUACCUCACUUCUUGUGUUUUGGAAGGCGUCCGAAUGAUAUCUGGUGUCACAACACGUUUGCCUCGAGUAGCUCACGAACCGAUGAAGUACCGGGACUGGGAAAUUCCAGCAGGUACGCCAGUUUCACAGAUGAACUAUAUGGUCAACAACGACCCUCGCAUAUUUCCAAAGCCGCUCGAGUUCCACCCGGAGAGAUGGAUUGAGGCUGAGAAGGAGGGCUUCCCGCUGCAAAGAUAUAUGGUGUCUUUCGGCAAGGGGAGCCGUUCUUGCGUUGGAAUCAAUCUUGCAUGGGCUGAGCUGUAUUUGGCGCUCGCUUAUGUCGUCUCCCGCUUCGACAUGGAAGUCUUUGACACGACUGCAGAAAGAGAUAUCAUGAUCAACAAAGACUUUUUUGUGGGUAUACCGAAGCCGGAAUCGAAGGGCGUCAGAGUGAGGGUUGUAAAGGCGUGGUAA